AUGGAGGGAAAGAGAGGAGAAGCUGGAGAAGAAGAGAGUCGAAGCUUUUUUUUCUCUUGGAUUAAGGAAGGUACGGAUCAAGAGAAUGCUAAGAAGGAAUUUAUCGACAUUUUGAAGGUAUUGGAAGGAGAGUUUGGACAGAAGCCAUUCUUUGGUGGGGAAAAAAUUGGGUUUGUAGAUGUGGCUUUGAUUCCUUUCUAUACCUGGUUUUAUGCUUAUGAGAAAUGUGGAAAUUUUAGCAUUGAAAAAGAAUGUCCAAAGAUUGUGUCUUGGGCUAAGAAGUGCUUGGAAAUGGAGAGUGUUUCUCAGUCACUUUCUGAUUCCCAAAAGGUUUAUGAAUUUGUUCUUGCAUACCAAAAGAAGCUUGGAAUUGCAUAA